GACAGCCGACCAAUCGCGGUGCCUGGUCGGAACGCGGCCCCAUAGAGCCCCAUAGGACUUCUGGGGGGGACCCCAACCCGGGGAGGAGGACGGGGGGGGGACCCCAUGGCCACACACAGCGAGAGGCAAAGCCAACAGCAGAGGAAGAUGAAGAGGAGGAGGCAGAAAUUCCACCGCGUCCAAUGGAGGUGUUCGUCCCGAAGGCGGCGAUGGAGGCGAUCCCAAAGGGGAUCCAGCAACGGGAUGAGGACAGAACCCUAUAGGAGGAACUCGGCCCCAUCCGAGCUGCUGGUGCCCACAUCCCGACGGAUGUCCGUCACGGCCAGGAGGAUGAUGUGCUCCUUCAUAACCUCCUUCUCCAGGGGUUUGGUCAGCAAUGCGGAUCAGCGCCGGCGGGAGCGGCGGGGGUCCUUCAUCGGGACCUUGGAACUCAGGGCGGCCGUGGAUGCGGUGAUGGAGGGCAGAGGGUUUCCCUUCCCUGUAGGGGAUGCCCUGCCUGCCAUGGAGCCCUGCGUGCUGCUGGACAAGGCGCUGUACCGGGACGUGAUGCAGGAGAGCUACGAGACGCUGAUGUCCAUCGCUCAGGGCUUGGUGAACCACAAAGCAGCAGAGGAGGAUGCUGUGGGGCUGGCGGAGGUCUCUAUGGGGUCAGAGGAGCCCCCGAUGCGCCCGCCCCAUAACCCAGCACAGAACCGAUCGCUGGGAUCCAACAGGCGGAAAGCGAAGCGCCCUGACAAAGCCGUCCCUAUUGGGGUCACGCAGACACCCCACACCACCCCGACCCCAAAAGCCAAUGGGGUGAAGCUGUCCCAGGUUCGGAACCGUCCGUUCGGCUGCCCCGAUUGCGGCAAAUCCUUCCCGUGGGCGUCGCAUUUGGAGCGGCACCGGAGGGUCCAUACGGGCGAGCGGCCCUACAGCUGCCCCGAAUGCGGGGAAUCCUACAGCCAAAGCUCCCACCUCCUCCAGCACCGCCGGACCCACAGCAGCGACCGACCCCACAAAUGCCAGCAUUGUGGCAAACGUUUCGCCGGCGCCGCCGAACUCAUUGCGCACAGCCGGGGCCACGCGGCCGAAAAACCCCAUAAGUGCGGGGACUGUGGGAAGGGUUUCGUUUGGGCGUCCCACCUGGAGAGGCACCGCCGCGUGCACACGGGGGAGAAACCCUACGAGUGUCCCGAGUGCGGGGAGGCGUUCAGCCAGGGGUCCCACCUCGCCAAGCACCGCCGCAGCCACACGGGCGAGCGGCCGCACCGCUGCUCCGCCUGCGGGAAAUGCUUCGGCCAAAGCUCCGAGCUCAGCCGGCACCGCCGCAGCCACGUGGGGAAGAAACCUCAGCGUUGUGCCGAUUGUGGGAAAGCUUUUCGUGCCACCCCGGCUCUCCUGAGGCAUCAACGGUGUCACCGGAGGGAGCGCAGCCAUCGCUGCGGGGAUUGCGGGAAGGGUUUCGCCUGGGCAUCCCACCUGCAGCGGCACCGGCGGGUGCACACCGGGGAGCGGCCGUUCCCCUGCGGGCUGUGCGGGGAGAGCUUCUCGCAGAAAGCCCAUCUGCUGCAGCACGGCAAGACGCAUCUCCCCGACCGGCCCUAUAAGUGUGGGGACUGCGGGAAGCGCUUCGAGGACGCGCCGCCUUUCCUGGCGCAUCGGCGCGGCCACACGGCCAUAAAAAGCUUCACUUGUGGGGACUGCGGGAAGGGCUUCGCAUGGGCGUCCCACCUGGAGAGGCACCGCCGGGUGCACACGGGGGAGAAGCCCUAUGAGUGCCCUGAGUGUGGGGAAGCGUUCAGCCAGGGGUCCCAUCUCACCAAGCACCGCCGCAGCCACGGCCCCAAAACGGCUUUGGUCCUCGUGGAGGAAGGGGUUGAGGAGGGAGAGACCCUCUGUGCGGCCCCGAUGAGUUAUGGGGCCAUGGAGAACCUGCAGCGGUGAUGGGAGGUCGGUGAUGGUGAGAUCAGCAGGGUGGGAUGGAGGAGGAGGAGGCGGUGGGAUGGAGGAGGAGGAGGCGGUGGGAUGGAGGAGGAGGAGGUGGGAUGGGGAGCAAACAGAGCAGUGCUUUGGGGAUGGAGACCCCAUUCCUGGGUCAGCUCAGACCUUCCCAUGUGGGGAUGCUGAUGCUGCGGGUUGGGGUGGUGACCUGGGUGCCAGAACCCCACAGUCUGUGCCUGGUUCUCAUUGCUGUCGGGUUGGUUCGUCGGGGAUGCUGUGGGGAAAGCAAGCGUGGCAAAUAAAGGAGCGUUGUGCCCCAUAGCUGCUGGCUUUGGGGCUCCUGGGGCUGAGUCCUUGAGCCCCGUGGUGGGAAAUGUGCGUGGAUCCCGCAGGAUGAGCACGGGGACGUGUCCUGUAGGGUGGGAGCUGGGCCUGCUGUGCCCCACUGUGUCAUUUGUCGGACAAAAAGACGCACAAAAAAGGUAUUUUUGGUGAAGUUCUGUUUAUUGGGUUACCGUCCC